CAUCCUUCCCCAAAUACUCACAACAUCAAACCUCAAUCCUCUCAACUAUUCGCAUUGCUCUCCUUACCCUUUUCCCAACUUCCCAAUCUUUUUGACACACCUUUCACUUCAAUUCUCAUUUGCUCUCCUAAACCCUAAUCUUCUUACAUUUUUGAAGAGUUCUGCUAGCUACAUUUCAAUCAGCAUGGAUGCGGUGACAAAUAUGGCUUCAGAGAGACCAGUGGUGAUCUUCAGCAAGAGCUCGUGCUGCAUGUCGCACUCGAUCAAAACCCUGCUUUGUGACUUUGGGGUGAACCCAGCAGUGUAUGAGCUUGAUCAGAUGCAAAGAGGGAGAGAGAUAGAGCAAGCUCUCUCUAGGCUUGGAUGCAACCCUACUGUGCCUGCUGUGUUCAUUGGUGGUGAACUUGUUGGUGGAGCCAAUGAGGUCAUGAGUCUUCAUCUUAAGCGCUCCUUAAUCCCCAUGCUUAAGCGUGUCGGAGCAUUAUGGGUUUGAUUAAUUCAAACUAUGGCUAAUUAACUUGCAUAACAGAAGCUAUUAAGAUUCCUAAUUAUGCAUGCUUGAGAUAUUAACUAAACAA